AUGCCGCCACCAUCUACCCCAAAUCCCCGUACAAGUAAUGUCCUACCAACGAAUCAAGAACAAUCAGAAGACAUACCAUCUCUGUCUUCUUCACCGAAUUUUUCUAGAUACGAAGAAGCCAACACACUAGAUUCAAUGCAACGGUUUAGAAAUGCCUCAAACACCACCAAUAACACUAGUCUGUUUUCAAGGUUAAACUCAAUAAAUUUGGUUUCUGAUUAUAUGUACCGAAAUCUUCAUGCUGAAUAUAAUGACCAUGCAAUAAAUGAACCAGAUGCACAUUUCCGAUCACGCAUACUUCGACAUAUCAGUGACAUGCAUAGAUUACAAAAUCAUUUCAACGAACUAAUAAACACACGAGAGCAAAGAAAUACAUUGGAUCAUGAAUUGGCUAUAAAUACAAUCCCUGUGCAAUUGAGAAAUUUAUCUAGGGAAUUGACAAGAAAUGACAAUAGAGAAGCAUAUUACAUCGAAACAACAGAUGAAGAUGAUCAAAGUUUCCAAGAGGAUGAUGAUCCAAAUGUGAUCUAUUACUCAGACAACCACGAUGAAUCUGAUGUCAUUGAAGUUGACGAUGAUGAGAGUGCACUCAGUGAUGAUGCGUCUGCCGCUCUUCGACAAGAUGUACGGAAUAACGAGAGGCUAAUAGUAACAUCAGCACGAAACAAUAGUGCCUUGUAUCCAUAUAGAUCUUCUUUACUAGGGACAACAAGCGCCCUUCCAUUGAGAAGACAAAAUGCCAUUCGAAUACGCCAACCACCAAAUAAACAGGGAGAAGAACAUGCCAAAUCAACAAACAAAGAUGGAAACUUGAUUACUGAAGUACUUAACGAGGAAGCAAAUGCGUUGCGAACAGAUAUUAGUAAGUUUUAUCAAGCAUUACAAGCACUGGGCUGCUUUCAAGGAGAGUCUCCGUUGUUUGAGAAAAAUUAUCAUGAUCACGGUGCCAAUUUCAGAAAAUUAUAUCUAACCGGUCCGAACGGCGGGAGUGCGAUGAUAACAGAAUAUCGGCUUCUGAAUUUAGAUCAACGUAUGGAUGCAUAUUUACAGAGUAGAAGAAACCGUCUGCUUUGGCAAAAAACUACUCUUCCUAUCCCGCCACCUCCCACACUUGACAAAAAGAGAUCUCGAGGAAUCGCAAAAAGGACUUCCAAAAAACAAAAAUUGAUCCAUAAUACUGAUGAUGAAGUUGCAAAAUAUGUUGAUGAUGCACCAUCUAAUUUUCCGAAAACUAGGUGUACAUAUUCAAAAACCGAAAAGGAAGCUAUAAUGAAUGGUUUACCAAGCAGUUUGUUGGAAUCAGGUUCAAGUUAUUCUGUUGGCAUUUCUGCUGACCCAUUAUACAGAUGUGAUGUAAAUUUCACUGAUGUAAAUAAAAUAAUUCAUGGUGUUUUCAGUUUUACACCAGAAGAGAAGUCCCCUUUAUUGUCAGUGCUAUUAAAGCUACACAAUUUUACCAAAUUUUUCUGUGGCUUUAAUGAUUAUGCCCAAAAUUUACCCAGAAGCAAAAUAUUAGUAAGGAAACUUAACGUUUUGGAUAGAAUAUCAAUUGAUAACAAAGUACAUUUCAAUAAUUUUAAAACGCGUGGAGUAAAUAUUCCGUUUAAUGGUCAUUUAGUGGAUUUUAGAAACCGGGAUUUGCGGUUUUUGAAUUAUGAUUCCAAUGAAUCAUUUUCUUCCAGAUUCAAAACAAACAGAGUUAGAUUGCAAUUAUUGGAAUGGAUGAAGUUACAUCCUUUUAUUCAAUUUAAAGAAAACUAUUUUUUAAGUUUUUUGAGAGAAGUUAAUGAUAGUAUGGGUUAUAUUUGUGAAGCCAAAAUGAAGAAAUCAACAAAGUCUCAAGCAUUAAAUACAGUGAAAGAUUUUAUUUCAAACUUGCAUGAAUUGACCAAAGAUUUCCUGUUUAUUAAAGACACGAAUCUGCCACUACUUGAAGAACAACGAAAACAAAAACAAUGUUCCAGACGUUACAAAGAUUUAUUUGUUGAUGAAUGGGAAAGAUAUUUAACUGGAAAAUUGUGCCAGAAUAUAACUACCAAAGAAUCCAACACUCUUAUAAACGUUCAAUUAAAUUUCAUUUUAUUUGUUUUGGAAGUAGAUUUAUCUAAAUUCUUGGAUAAUUUCAUGGACUUUAUUUUCCAACAUUGUGAUAACAAUGAUUAUAUCAAUAAUUAUCGGAAAGUAUACCGCAAUAUACUAUCAGAUGAAGCAAAAGAAUCAGAUAAUUAUCGAGCCAUACUAAUUUGUUCCAUAGAUAGAAAAACCGGGGCUAUAGAAAUACACAAUACCCUCCCCUACUUGCAUUAUAAAGAUCGAUCAAUAAAGAACACCAACUUUAUAUUGUCUAGUGAUCAUAAUCUAUCCACCUAUUCUAGCAGAAACACCUACGUUUACGAUGAUUUUGAAAUCUUUGAAGGUGAAAACGUGCCGUUGAACUCGGGGACAUUUAAUACUAGCAUAAAUCUUGACGGUCUGACUGAAGCAGUUGUCGACCUGAACUUAACCGGAACAGUAAAACUAGGCACGCCCGUCUGUGACAUGGUUUAA